AUGGACGACGAUCCGCUACCCAAACGACUCUUCUACGGAGACGUCGCGACGGGUUCUCGUCGUCAAGGAGGCCCAAAUCGUCGAUACAAGGAUACCCUGAAGUCCUCCCUGAAGCUACUGCAAAUCAACCCGACCAACUGGGAAGAGCUCGCCUGCGAUCGUCCGGCAUGGAGGAGAACAGUGAAGACAGGCGCUGCUAUCCACGAAGCCAACCGCAUCGCCGCCGCCAAAGCGAAACGCGAAGCCCGCAAAUCACAACUGCGCCCAGUCAGCAAUGCUGUCGCACAACUUCUCCCAACGUGUCCUCGAUGUAAGCGGACAUUCCGGGCUCGAAUCGGCCUUGUUGGACAUCUUCGGAUCAAAUGUACUCUCGAACUGCACCAAACUUCAUCCCCCAGCCCGCGUCAUCCUCGUCCUCUCUGCCGCCGAAUAACUCUGUGAAUUCUUCUGCACCACCACUUCCAUCCUCCUCCUCCUCCUCCUCCUCCUCCUCCAACACCACCACCAUCCCCACCACCAUUGCCCCAACGGCGGCCGCUCAGGCAGCCGUCUCGCACAUCUCCGACCGCGACACAACAACCGGCACCACCCCCGCCUCUCCUGACUCCAGCAAAGAGAAUCAGGACUACACCUGUCCUCACUGCGACCGCACCUUCACCUCACACAUCGGCCUGGUCGGUCACUUGCGAAUCCAUCGCACAGAGACCGGCGAACCAGUGCCUGAAGCACCAACCUACACCCACCGCACUCGCCUCCACUGCCCUCGCACCUUCACGCAUCGCAUGGGUCUAUUCGGCCACAUGCGCAUCCACGAGAGCGGAAUCGACCACAAUUCCGACACACCAACCACGCCCAUCAUGCCCAGCACCACCCUCGCACCGUCCAUCUGCGCCACCAUCAACGCCUCCUCUGUAGCUGAUUCUGACACCGCCGACUUCACGUGCCCGGUCACUUGCGAAUCCAUCGCACAGCGACCGGAGAACCAGUGCCUGGAGCACCAACCUACACCCAACCAGCUCGUCUCAACUGUUCACACUGUCCUCGCACUUUCAGGCACCGCAUGGGCCUAUUCGGCCACAUGCGCAUCCACGACGACCUGCGGUAGACAACCGCCGGUUACACCACACAUCCACACACUCCCUACCCUCCUCCACCAUCACCAACACACAUCAACACUUACCCACCGCAUGCACCAACUGCCACCUUCCACGCAAGCGGGAAGUGUGCAUCUCGUUUCAGUUCCCAUGCAGCUUCGGCUGUACGGGUGA